UUUUAAUCACCCAGCUGAGGAGUUUGCUUUGGCUCCUGCGCUGUGCAGAGGAUUUGGGGGAUUUGAGCUGAAGCAGACUGUGACUCGCUGAGCCUGAUGUUGCGCCGCGUUCGCCCGGCCAGGGGAAGGAGGGCCCCCCUCCAGCGCACCACGGAGAUGGAAGAAAUAUUCCUUCAGCUCUGUGAGGAAGUCGCCAGGCUGCAGGAUCUGUGCACCAAGCAGGGGAAGCUGCUCCAGAAGCUGACUGCCAGGAAGGGACCCGUCCUGGAUAUCCCCAUGUCGCUGCCAAUCCAGUGCACGGAGGAUACGGUCACCGAGGAGAGAGAAAGGCCCCUGGAGAGCCACCAGAAGCGCUCGGGGGUGCUGGCACCCACCGAGGCAGGGAGCUCUGCUGGAGCCCUGGCACAGCCACACGCGGCCAGCGCCAUGCCCGGCUUCGACGGCGAGUACCUGCCCAGUGCCGGCGCCUGCGGCAGCGGGGCCAGAGGAGCGACUCCUGCCGUAGCUUUUGGCAGCAGCAAGGCAGAGAGGAGCGGGAAGGUGGAUGCAGAUAAGUGGCUGAAAACUUGUAGGAUGUUUCCUACUGUGAAAACCCCCAGGGAAGAAGUGAGGGCUUGCUGCAGCCCGCAGGAAAUGACGGCACCGAACUCAGUUGUCGGGGACUCCUUCCUGACCCUUCUGGACCUCUAUGAAGCCCCAGAAACCCUUCGGAGGGAAGAUGCUCCUGGGAAAAGUGCUCUGCCUGCUGAGGCUAAAGUCCCAGUAGAGAUCCGGGGACCCAUGAAGACGUCCUGGACGCCGGGCUGGGUGCUGGAGGACGGCACUCUGGGGCAAGGCACCGUCCUUGCCUCUGAGGAUGCUCAGACUUGUGACAUCUGCCAGCAGAUUUUCCCUGCGGGUGCAGCGGGCCAAGUGGACUAUUUAAAGCACGUCUUAGCCCACAUGAAGUAGGACUUGUCUUUGAGAGCAGAAAUUCACUUAUUUGUACCUUGGUCAGUGUGAUGGGCUCUGGACCUCCACGAGAUCCUGCCGCUGGCUUUGAGUGGAGCCUGCUCAGGCCAUGUUCCCCUUCCGCGUAAUCCAGUGGCCUCCCAAAUGUGGUCCCUGGUGCGCUGCUGGAUGCACUGGUUGAGGGCUCUGGGUGUGUUUUGGCUUGUUGAGCUUUGUGGAUAUUGAAGCCGCUUCUGUCCUGGGGUCCAGAUGCGUGUGGGGCUGGGCAGGGGAGCUGUAACUCAAUGGGAAAUGGAAUUUUUUCAGAAUUCACUUUUAAUUGGAUGGAAAUGAAUUUUCCAUAAAUAGUUAAGGUUGCUUGAGAAGUCAUAUCAGCUUUUUCCAAGAACGUGGAACGCUGGGUGGGAGAAUCACAACGUUUUCAUAGUCACUGAACCUGAACUGGCCUUUUGAGAGGGGCUCAGCGGCGUGAUGGCACCGACUGGAUCGCGCCUUCCACGUGUGUUACCGGGAAGGGCAUAACCGAGAGCUCU